AUGGAGUUCUGGGGUGAAGAAGUUAAGCCAGGAGCCACGGUCUCUUGCAUAGUUUGUGAUGGUUUGGUUAUCCACCUGUCACAGGCUGCACUAGGGGAACCAAAGAAAGCGAGUGAGAAUGUCAUUGUGUCUGUGAAAAUUAACGAUAAGAAACUAGUGCUUGGAACCUUAUCAGUUGAGAAGCAUCCUCAGAUCUCUUGUGAUCUGUUUUUUGAUAAAGGUUUUGAGUUAUCGCACAAUUCAAAAACAGCUAGUGUUUUCUUCUGUGGCUACAAAUUGCCUGUUCCUCUAUUUGAGUCUGAUUCUGGUGAGGAUAGUUCAGAUGAAGAACUAGAAACCGACCAAAUUCCAAUGCAGAAUAAUGAAAUUAAAUUUUCCGCGGCAAAGUUUCCCGUGAAGGAUGUCAUACAAAAUGCUGAUGAAACUAGUGGUGAUGAUGAUGAUUUCACUGAUAGUGAGAGUGAAAUGUCUUUGGAAGAUGACUCUAGUUCAGAAGAACAGACUCCUAGCCCAAACAAGACUGAUGUAGUAGUUGGCAAGAAGAGGGCAAUUGAAGCUGAGGCACCUUCUGGUAAGAAGGCUAAGUCUGAACAAUCUGCUCAGAAAACAGGUGAGCUACUACUUUUUUGUUCUUAUAAAGCCCAAAUAAUGGAUGUGUAACAUUAACAUGUGAAGUCUCAACUCUUUUCGUGUUCUUAUAAAGCCCAACUUGGGAGCCAUGCCUGCAAGUCAUGCAACAAGUCCUUUGGCAGUGCGUCAGCACUCAAGUCUCAUCUAGGGAUGAAAACGGUCGGAGACGGAGACGGUCGUAAAAACUCUCCAACCACUUUAAAUUUCGUAUUUUAAUUCAAAUCAGGAACGGUAAUAGGAUUGUCGGUUGGAAAAACGAAACCGGGAGUAACUGGAUGACGGUAAAUGAUAUCAUAAAUACAUCUGGAUUGAAAGUGCUA